GCCGCUCUGCGCGUGCGCGCAGGAGUUUCACUUGGGAAGUUUUCGUGGUCACCGCGCCGCCGCCGCCGCCGCCGCCGCAGGGCCUGCCCGCGAUGAGCGGCUCCCGGUUCCCCGAGUGGUGGUCAUCCAGGGCGGCGUCGGUCCAUGAGCAGCUGGGCCUCGGGCACCGUCCCAACGACUCCUACUGCUACAACUCCGCCAAGAACAGCACCGUGCUCCAGGGCGUCACCUUCGGGGGCGUCCCCACCGUCCUGCUCAUCGACGUCAGCUGCUUCCUGUUUCUCAUCUUGGUGUUUUCCAUCAUACGAAGAAGAUUCUGGGAUUAUGGCCGCAUUGCCCUGGUGUCUGAAGCAGAUAGUGGGUCCAGAUUCCGGAGGCUGUCGUCCACCUCUUCCUCAGGGCAGCACGACUUUGAAAACGAGCUGGGUUGCUGCCCCUGGCUGACCGCCAUCUUCCAGCUGCACGAUGACCAGAUCCUGGAGUGGUGCGGCGAGGACGCCAUCCACUACCUGUCCUUCCAGAGACACGUCAUCUGCCUGCUGGGGGCCGUCAGCAUCCUGUCCCUCUGCGUCAUCCUGCCCGUCAACCUCUCUGGAGACCUGCUGGACAAAGACCCCUACAGCUUCGGGAGGACCACCAUAGCAAACCUGCAGACCGACACCAACCUCCUGUGGCUGCACACCAUCUUCUCCGUCCUCUACCUGCUCCUCACCGUGGGCUUCAUGUGGCACCACAUCCAGUCCAUCAGGUACAAAGAGGAAAGCCUGGUGAGACAGACACUGUUCAUCACAGGACUGCCCCGAGAAGCCUCGAGAGAGGCUGUGGAGAGCCACUUCCGGAACGCAUACAUCACCUGCGAGGUGGUUGAUGUACAGCUGUGCUACAACGUGGCCAAGCUGAUCUAUCUGUGCAGAGAGAGGAGGAAGACAGAGAAAAGCUUGACCUAUUACACAAACCUCCAGGCGCAGACUGGCCGGCCAGCACUCAUCAACCCCAAGACCUGCGGCCAGUUCUGCUGCUGUGAAGUGCCGGGGUGUGAAUGGGAGGAUGCCAUUUCCUACUACACGCGCGUGCAGGCGCGGCUGCUGGCGCGGAUCAGAGAGGAGCAGCGGCUGGUGCAGGACCGGCCCCUGGGGAUGGCCUUCGUCACCUUCCGGGAGCAGGCCAUGGCCACCUACAUCCUGAAGGACUUCAACACCUGCAAGUGCCAGGGCCUGCACUGCCGGGCGGAGCCGCAGCCCUCACCGCACAGCCGGGAGCUGGGCACCUCCAAGUGGACCGUGGCCCUGGCCAGCUACCCCGAGGACGUCUGCUGGAAGAACCUGUCCGUCCAGGGCCCCCGCUGGUGGCUGCAGUGGCUGGGCAUCAACUUCACCCUCUUCCUGGUGCUCUUCUUCCUGACCACACCCUCCAUCAUCCUGUCUACCAUGGACAAGUUCAAUGUCACCAGACCCAUCCACGCGCUGAAUAACCCAGUCAUCAGCCAGUUCUUCCCAACCCUCCUCCUCUGGUCCUUCUCUGCCUUACUUCCGUCCAUUGUCUAUUACUCCACGCUGCUGGAGUGCCACUGGACCAAGUCAGGAGAAAACCGGAUCAUGAUGACAAAGGUCUACAUAUUCCUGAUCUUCAUGGUGCUGAUCCUGCCCUCUCUGGGCCUCACCAGUCUGGAUUUCUUCUUCCGGUGGCUAUUUGACAAAAGUUCCUCAGAAGCGUCCAUCCGGCUGGAGUGCGUCUUCCUGCCGGACCAGGGCGCCUUCUUCGUGAACUACGUCAUCGCCUCGGCCUUCAUCGGCAACGGCAUGGAACUGCUGCGCCUGCCGGGCCUCGUCCUCUACACCGUCCGCAUGCUCAUGGCCAAGACAGCCGCAGACCGCAGGAACGUCAAGCAGAACCAGGCCUUCGAGUUCGAGUUCGGCGCCAUGUACGCGUGGAUGCUGUGUGUUGUCAGUGUCAUCAUGGCCUACAGCAUCACCUGCCCCAUCAUUGCGCCCUUUGGCCUCAUCUACAUGCUGCUGAAGCACAUGGUGGACCGCCACAACCUCUACUUUGCCUACCUCCCCGCCAAGCUGGAGACGGGGAUCCACGUGGCUGCCGUGAACCAGGCCCUGGCCGCCCCCAUCCUCUGCCUCUUCUGGCUCUUUUUCUUCUCCUUCCUGCGUCUGGGUCUGAAGGCUCCCGCCACGCUGUUCACCUUCCUGGUGGUGCUGCUCACCAUCCUGGCCUGCACCGUCUACACCUGCUUUGGGUGCUUCAGACACCUCAGUGCCGGGACCUACAAGACAGAGGAAUCGGUGAGUGAGAGAGGAAGCGAGGUAGAAGGCCGGGAACCGCCCCCGUUCACGCCCUACCUGCCCCGCAUCCUGAACGGUUUGGCCUCGGAGAAGACAGCGCUGUCCCUGCAUCAGCCGCAGACCUAUGGCGCCGUCCGUGAUGACGGGGUGCUGCCUGGGCAUGGUGCCGUCCACAGCGUCGGAGAGCCGCUCCCUGGGCAGUGCUCGGCCCACAGCCCCGAGAGCCGCGCGGCAGGUGCCUACCAGGAGGCCUGAGGCCGGGGCAUGCUCGAGGAAGCUGCUGCCGGGCCGGGCCUGUCCGUGUGCCGCAUGCUGUGUGCCGCCUGCCUGCUGCUCGGCCCAUGGCCAGGGUGGGGGCGGGGCCGCAGCUAAGCCUCUGUUUUGUCAGGGGAGGCGCGGUGCCCCCCCCCCUGCUGUGGGGCUCUCUGGGACCCUGGAAGGACUGUGGACGAUGGGUGUGUUUGCACGAGGCGCGGCGCUGCACAGUGGACAGCCACAUGGGCUCAUGCACAGGCGUGGCAUGAUGCACGGCUCAGGGCCGCAGCCUGGGCAGGCCUGGCCCGUGGGCCAAGAGGGGCAGUCACCCCCCCCCCCCCCCCCGCCAUGCCACGGCCGGACCGGGGUGGGCAGGGAUAAUAAAGCGUCCGUUGAGCCGG